CUAGGGAAUCCCAGGAUCCUUUGCAGACCUUAGGACACGGAUGAGAAAAGACCUGUGUGCAGAGUCACCAAACAGACCAGAGGCAACGCUGGGUCUUAGACCACGUUCCACGUUCGGAAGUACGUCCCCGCCCGCCCACAGCACCCUCUCUUCCUUCCGGGGAGUUCUUGUGGCAGUUUCCAAGGACAAAUCCAGAGCCUGGGGAACUAUGUCUCUUUAAGGUCAAAGCUUCCUUUGUUUCCCGAGCCCGCCCGCCUAGAGUUCGCAGCCCAUGCGCAGUGAAAAUGGCUGUGGCCGUGGCUGCCGUACGCGCGAGCUGGCGCUGUGCGAGGCCCGUGGGCUGGAGACUGGGUUGCAGUCCGGGCCAGAGCCGGGCCGGACUCUCCGGAGCUGCCGGGCGGUGGUCCGGGGCGACGCCCAAAGGGGCCCCGAGAUUGCUAGGGGUGGCGGCGCUGGCCCUCGGGGGAGCGUUGGGGAUCUGCCACACUGUGCGGAGUCGUCUGAAGUCCCAAGAGCAGCUGGCCGAGCAGGCGGCCCCCCAGCUUGCUGAGGGCCGUCUGCAACUGACUCUGUACCAGUAUAAGACUUGUCCUUUCUGCAGCAAGGUCCGAGCCUUUCUGGACUUCCAUGCUUUGCCAUAUGAGGUAGUAGAGGUAAACCCUGUUCGGAGGCAGGAAAUCAAAUUCUCCUCCUACAGGAAGGUGCCUAUUCUGCUUGCCCAGGAAGGAGACUUACUACAACAACUAAACGACUCCUCCGUGAUCAUUAGCGCACUCAAGACAUUCCUGGUAUCUGGGAAGAACCUGGAGGAAAUCAUCUCCUAUUACCCUUCAAUGAAGGCAGUGAAUGAGCAGGGGAAGGAGGUGACUGAGAUUGGCAAUAAAUAUUGGCUCAUGCUGAAUGAAAAGGAGACCCAACGUGUCUACAGCGGAAAAGAAGCUCGAACGGAGGAGAUGAAAUGGCGACAGUGGGCAGAUGACUGGCUGGUGCAUCUCAUCUCACCCAACGUCUACCGAACCCCCACUGAAGCCCUGGCUUCCUUUGAUUACAUCGUCCACGAAGGCAAGUUUGGGGCUGUGGAAGGAGCAGUGGCCAAGUAUGUGGGUGCAGCCGCCAUGUUUGUCAUCAGCAAGAGACUCAAGAGCCGGCAUCACCUACAAGAUGAUGUUCGAGAGGACCUGUACCAGGCAGCAAACCAGUGGGUGGCAGCAGUUGGCAAAGACAGGCCCUUCAUGGGGGGAAAGGAGCCCAACCUUGCUGACUUGGCAGUAUACGGCGUGCUGCGUGUGAUGGAGGGGCUGGAGGCCUUUGAGGACAUGAUGUGCCAUACCCGAAUUGGGCCUUGGUACCUUCGAGUGGAGAAAGCAAUUGCUGAGGCUCAAGGAAACUACUGAUUGUCCCUUGUGCUUCUCUCUCACAGGGGGCCCAAGGAUAAGGGACUUGUGAAUUCUAGAGCCAUGGGACUGGCCACAAGCAGGGAGGGGCUGCGAGGCCUCCUGGUCCACUCUGUCUCUCUCUCUCAUCCAGCUCCCUGGAAUCUAACGCUGAGCCAGCCUAUUUUUGAUCCUAGGUGAGCUGUUAGAGCCCCAGACUGUGGAGCUGAGGAAUGAGCAGAGUCCUUUUUAGGGCUGCCCUUGAUCCCAGGAAGGUUGAGAUCUCCACCCAGAACUCAUGGACUGUUACUAUUUAUUUCUGGUCUUCCUUAAGGGCUCCAUAGACUUCUCUGCCAGCCUGCCCUGGUGGCUUUCUCUGGACUCUGAAUGUCUAGGAGGAGGGCCCUGAAACACUGAGAGAGGGGCCAUAGAAUAGUCCUAGGAUAUUUUCUGAGAAAUUGCAGGAUUUCUGGCCUCGGGCCAAAUGGUUCCUUACUGCCCGGGUGUCCUUGCCUUCACUUGUAGGGGUCUUAGAGGAAGGCCUCUUCAGCUGUGAGUCAUGUUUGCAAUAAAAAAAUGGUUUGCUGCUCCAA